CAGAGCGGGCCGCACAUGACCGCGGCGCCCAAUCAGGCGCGCCCCGGAGGAGCUGCUGCCGCUCCUGCCAGCCUCUCUCGCAGCCGCGCCGCCGCCGCUUCUCCCGUCCCAACCAGCUGCGGAGGAGGAGGCGGGAGGGGAAGCCCCCCUCCGCACGCGCGCGCCCCCCUCCCCCGGGUCCACCCACCACCACCACCGCGCGCAGCCCUCCUCCUCCUCCUCCUCGUACACGCAUCCACACCCAUCCAGACGUGCGCGCGGCGUCUCGUGGAAGGAAGGGAGGAAGCCGCCCGCCGACGACGCUGCUGCCGCCUGGCCCCAGUUUCCUGCCCGCUGCCUGGGCUCGCAGCAGGGAGGCGCCCCCCACCUCUUCCUCCUCCUCCUGCUGCUGCCUCUUCUCGCCUGCCUUUUGUCUCCCGCUUCCUGGGUCUGCUGCUGCCGACGACGCCGCCCUCGCCAACACGGGUUGGGUCCGCUGAGCCGCCGCCGCCGCCGCCGCCCCAAGGACCCAGCCGGGGAGGGGGGGGGGGACCCUUUCGACGGCUCUGCCCCGCGAGGAGGACCACCCAGGGGCGCCCCCAGCCAGCAGCCGCGGGAGUCUCCCCCCCCCAAGCGCGAUCCGGAUUGUCUUCGACUUCGCUUUCGGGCUGCAGCAGCAGCAGCAGCGGCCGAGAGCUCCCCUCCCCGCUCGGGGGUCCGCCUGGGCCGGGCGGGCGCCCCCCUCCCCUCCCCUCCCUUUGUCCAGCGCCCUCCCCCGGCCCUGCAUGUGCGUCGUGCCGCCUCCUGCCUUUCCGAGAUCCUCCCGAGGCGGUCGGGGACGAGCAGGGCAGAGCCCGCGGGAGGAAGAGGAGGAGGAGGCGGCGGCAGCAGCGAGGGGCGUCCCCGGCCGGCGAUGGAUUUCAGCGGCAGCUGCGGCGGGGGGAGCGACCCCCGGCAGAUCGAGGAGAGCAAGCCCUUGCUGGACGACCUGUCUGCGGCGGGGGGCGGCGGCGGCGGCGCGCGGGUGGGGGCCACCCUGUGCAGGAGGGGCACCCACUGCAACGGCAUGAGCCAACUGGGUACAUGGAAAAUGCAAUUUCCUACAGCUCAAUUGAAGAUGUCCAGUUGCUCUCUUGGGAGAAUGCCCCCAAGUAUUGUUUACAGCUCACGAUCCCGGGGGGUACCGUCUUGCUGCAGGCUGCAAACAGUUACCUGAGGGAUCAGUGGUUUCAUUCCUUGCAGUGGAAGAAAAAGAUCUACAAGUACAAGAAAGUGCUGAGUCACCCAAGCCGCCUGGAGGUGGUUCUGAAGGAAAUUCGGACCUUGGUGGAUAUGGCACUAACCUCCCCACUGCAGGAUGAAUCCAUUCAUCAAGCACCGCUGGAGAUCGUUUCCAAGUUGCUCUCAGAGAAUAUCAACCUAACCACUCAAGAGCACGAAAACAUUAUUGUGGCAAUUGCACCUUUGCUGGAAAACAACCAUCCACCUCCUGACUUGUGUGAAUUUUUCUGCAAGCACUGCAGAGAACGCCCUCGGUCCAUGGUCGUCAUAGAAGUGUUCACUCCGGUUGUGCAAAGAAUUCUCAAACAUAACAUGGAUUUUGGGAAGUGCCCUCGAUUGAGGCUCUUUACUCAGGAGUACAUUCUGGCCUUGAAUGAACUGAACGCUGGCAUGGAGGUGGUGAAGAAGUUUAUCCACAGCAUGCAUGGUCCGACUGGGCAGUGUCCUCACCCCAGGGUGCUGCCAAACCUGGUCGCGGUCUGUCUAGCAGCCAUUUACUCGUGCUACGAAGAAUUCAUCAACAGCCGGGACAACUCCCCCAGCCUGAAGGAAAUCCGGAACGGCUGCCAGCAGCCCUGCGACCGCAAGCCCAACCUGCCCCUCCGCCUCCUGCACACGAGCCCCGACCUGGUCUCCCAGGAGGCCACGCUGGCCCAGGAGUCCCGCCUCAAGUCGGUCAUCGUCACGUCCAACGAGAUCCACGUGGAGGUGGAGCGCAACAACGCCGCCAACCAGAAGAUGACGGCCAGCGUGGCACCGGACAGCGAGCCCAACCUGAUCGACUGCCUGAUGGUCAGCCCCACCUGCAGCACCAUGAGCAUCGAGCUCAGCGCCCAGGCGGACCGCAUCCUGGGCUGCUACGUGGAAAUACUCAAGAUGCUAUCAGACUAUGACGACUGGAGACCUGCUCUUGCCAGUUUGCUUCAACCCAUCCCAUUCCCCAAAGAGGCUCUUGCACAUGAGAAGUUCACAAAGGAGCUGAAGUACGUCAUUCAAAGAUUCGCAGAAGAUCCAAGACAAGAAGUCCACUCGUGUCUGCUCAGCGUGCGUGCUGGCAAGGAUGGCUGGUUCCAGCUCUACAGUCCUGGUGGUGUGGCUUGUGACGACGACGGAGAGCUCUUUGCCAGUAUGGUUCAUAUUUUAAUGGGUUCCUGUUAUAAGACGAAAAAGUUCCUGCUUUCACUGGCUGAAAACAAGCUGGGGCCCUGCAUGCUGCUAGCUUUGAGAGGCAACCAGACCAUGGUGGAGAUUCUUUGCCUGAUGCUGGAGUACAACAUCAUCGACAACAAAGACACCCAGCUUCAGAUCAUCUCAACCCUCGAGAGCACCGACGUGGGGAAGAAGAUGUACGAGCAGCUCUGCGACCGGCAGAGGGAGUUGAAAGAACUGCAAAGGAAAGGAGGUCCGACUCGGUUAACACUGCCAUCGAAAUCCACAGAUGCAGACCUGGCCCGGUUGCUAAGCUCGGGUUCCUUUGGCAACCUGGAGAACCUCAGCCUGGCCUUCACCAACGUCACCAGUGCCUGCGCAGAAUAUCUGAUCAAGCUGCCUUCUCUCAAGCAGCUGAACCUGUGGUCGACUCAGUUUGGAGAUGCCGGUUUGCGGCUCCUCUCCGAACACCUCACUAUGCUGCAAGUGCUCAACCUGUGUGAAACCCCCGUCACGGAUGCCGGCCUGCUGGCGCUGAGCUCUAUGAAAAGCCUGUGCAGCUUAAAUAUGAACAGCACCAAGCUCUCGGCAGACACCUACGAAGACCUCAAGGCGAAAUUGCCCAAUCUGAAGGAAGUGGAUGUCCGUUACACAGAAGCAUGGUGAAAUCUCUCUUACCGUUAUCUGUAGCUUUUGACAAGGAGAGAGAAAAAUACUCAGAAACAACAGAAUAAAACUUUUGGCUUCUACCUGUAGAGAGCAGCAAGUUCCAAGGACUUCGAUUUUAGGAACUGUGUUUGUGAGGUAGCGGAGUGUGGCUUUGCGUGCGGGAGGGGAAACUGAGCAUGCCCAAACCCUAACUAAUUCUUUCAGCUUUGUACUAUAAAAUUUGUCAGUUAAAUUGAGGGGGGUGGGGAGAGAACUGGACAAGCAAGUCUCUGUAGCUGCAAGAGGAUUAGAAGAACGGGGCGGGGAAAUCUGUGCAUUUUUUAAUUAGCCUUUUCUGUUUGAUUUUUAAAAAAAAUACCUUGUGGAGAGAGAAAAAUUACAAGAAUAUGCAUCAGUUUUUCAUAGUUUUCCUUGGUUGGACCUCAGCCUUUAGGUGCUUUUUGCCAUUCUUCCUGCUAGAAAAAGAAUAAGAAACCAAGUCUGAGAAAUCAAGAGAAGAAAAAGAAACUCACAUGAUUUGCACCUCUCGCUCUGUUCUCGCGAUUGUUAUGCAAAGUAAUUUUGUUGUACAUACAAUUUAUAUGAUGCACCUAUUUAAGAAAAUGGUUCACAAACAACAGGUCUGGGACCUGUCUUUUUAUUUAUGAGUUGUUAAUUCUUUUAUCUUCUUCAUUUUUGUUCUGUUUCAUUCUGUUUCGCAUAGAGUACUGUACAAAGUAGUUCGCUGUCUGUCUUACUGGGGGGUUUUUUUGGGUUGUUUUUUUUUUUUUAAGAAAAACAAAAACAGAAAGCCCUCUUAAAUAACGGUUUUUUGGUAAUGCUUACUAUAUUAUGUAAUCUCUGUCCACUUCAUCACCUUGCUGCAUUUUCAAUUUACAGAUGCCUCAAACUUUGUUCAAGCAGAGGUGGGUGGCGGGGGGGAGGGAUCAUAUAAAUACAUUUAUACCAUAUGUACAGAAAUGAAAAGGUGGGAGAUGGGUGGGUGGUUGGGUAUAGGUUAUGAAUUACCCAAGACAUACACCUUCAGCCGUUUUCUAUCUGUGCCAGGGUUAGGAAAUAAGGUGGUAUGAACGCCACCUUAUUUUAAAAACUUCAGUUUGAUAUAAAGCUUGUUGAGCUAUCAACUAUACAUGUUAGAAAUCCCAAGAUGUGCUGUUUUGUUUGAUUUACGUCCAUUAUUUCAAAAUGCAAGUUUUGCCUCCCACACACCAUGUUUUACAGGAUCUUUCCUUUCGUUUCCCCUCUAAUGUUGUUUUACUCGUGUUCCAUUCAUACGCAUAUCUGACAUUCUUUUCAGAAGAUUGAAAUAAGAGAUUGAUUAGCAAAAGAGGGCCUAAGUGCCAUCUGAAAUUAUGACCACUAUCUCUUUCCUGAUCCAUCUACACAGUUGCUCAGAAAAACACUUUUUUAAAAAAGUGGUUUUUUUAGAAAUAUGCUUUUGGUUGUUUUGUUUUCUCCACAAUAAGCAUUAUUGAAUGGAGCCAGCUUUUUGUUAAUGCAAAAAUGGAACUGUUUUCUUUCAGUUUAGCAAAUGUUUAUUCAUUUCUUUGGCACCUCAGAGAUUUAACAUCCAGGCCCAUGUAAUUAUAUAUAUAUAUAUAUAUAUAUAUAUAUAUAUAUAUAUAUAUAUAUAUAAAAAAAUAAAAAUAAAUAAAAUACACAUAUUUUAUCGUAUUCAAUGGGAAGCGAACUUUUGCUGUACUGGUUGUCCAUUUUUUGUUUUUAAUUGUUGCUAGGUAGCUUACUUACACUAUCUCCAUCUCUCAACUCCCCCUUUUUUAUCAAAAGGAAUGGUUGGUUCAAGUCUUAAUUCAUCUAGCGUGCCACAUUUCCCUUUUGUUUUUGUUUUUCUGCCUUAUAUCCCAAGCUGUAUAAUGAACUCAGUGAGGGAAGGAAGGAAUGAGAAAAGAAAAAGCGGAUUAAACUAAUGCCAACAUUUUAUCCUUAGCACUGUUGCUUUUACCGAUGGUUUAAUACUACUGUUCUGUAGCUGUGUACAAAAAGAUGUGAAAUAAUUUCAAACGGUGGGACGGGGAAAAUAAACCGUAAGUGAAUAUCUUUUA